AUGCCGGGCCUGCCCUCGGCCUGGGUCCGACCCCAUCUGCUCGCCAUGGCCAGGCCAUCGUGGAGGAAGAUCGCUGACCACGGCCUCGAUGUCGCCUUGGCCGACGCAGGCGUGUGUGUGGUCGUCAAUCUGCAGCAGCCCGGAGAGCAUGCGUUCUGCGGUGAUGGCCUCGACCCGCACUCGUCAGCUGGCUUUGCCUACGAUCCCGACGUCCUGGCUGCUGCCGGCAUCACCCACAUUGCCUCGGGAUGGGACGACAUGGGUGUGCCACGCAUGGCGGUCCUUGCCCGCUCCGUCUUCUUCAUCGACUACGCCGUCAACGUGCUCGGCGGCCGCGCCGCCGUCCACUGCCACGCCGGCCUCGGCCGCACAGGCCUCGUCUGCGCCGCCUAUCUGGUCUACUCAGAGCAUCUCUCGCCGCAGGCAGCCAUUGCUGCCGUUCGCGCCGCCAGGCCCAAAGCCAUCCAGACUCGCAAGCAGGUGGCGGCCGUCAAGCGCUACGCGCGCGCUCUGGCCGACGCCGCAGCCGUCUUUGUCCCCUCGCCAGCGCUCGUUGAGCUCUGGCGAAUCGACCACGCCACCCACUGCACCACCGCAAGCGAGUCGUGCACACACUGGGCGCAUGCCGCGCCGAAAACUCCGCACACAGCCGCCGGCGUCGCGCUCCCGCAGCCCGCCUCGCUCCGAGACCUACUCCAGAGGCAGGAGCUCAUCGUUCAUGGUGAGGAGCGCCGCGAGCUCCGCUAUGGCCCCAAGGCCGUCCUCCUUCUUCUCCGCCGCCUCGAGGCCGAGUCGCGAGCCGAUGCCGCCCGCGCGCUGAGCGACGUGGCCGCACGUGUGCUCCCGGGCACUGUGCGACGAACCGUCGCCGACGCCGGAUCGUGGCUCUGGCCAGAGUACAGUCUGCAACAGAGCCUCAACGCCCGGUUGUGGCAUGCUGUCGAUGAGGUGCCGCUUGUCACGGUCGUCUCGACGCUCGUCUCGUGGCUUCGCUUCUCGCUCGCCCACCCACUCGUCGAAGCCACAUCACUCAAUCUCGGUGUGUACUCGCCCGACUGCGUUGGCCUCGCCGUCCAUCUCAUGUCUGCCUUUGACCCGAUCCUCGCGGCCUGCACGCCCGACGAGGCCCUUGCUGCCGACAAAUUGCUCUUCUGGGCACUGGCCCACGGCGAGGCACACGUGCCGCUCCGCCUUGCCGCCCUCAGACAGGCCAUCCGCGAUGCUGCCGCCACCAAGCCCAAACCGGUCAUUGUCUACACUCCGCGUGCUGGCGCUACAGAAGGCCUCGUGAGCGACCUCCUGUUCCAAGCCGGUGCUACCGGGCCGUCGUCACAGGCAGCCAGUUCGGUGGCGGUCAACGACUCGUCCAUCUCCGAGCCUCUCUCCGGCAGCGAUUCGUCCGACUCGGGCAGCGACCUACCGUCACCGCGAUCGCGGUCGCAGGCCGGUACGCCCAUCCCACAUCGCCCAUACUAAAUCCUCGG